AUGGCCAAGAGCAUAGAUCUGGCUUCGCUGCCAGAGCAGUUCAAGGCAGCCGUGGACGCGAUUCGCGCCGUCGUACCUGCCGAGCUCGCCUCUCCCAAGUGGGGGAUCAUCUGCGGCUCUGGUCUGUCUGGACUCGCAUCGUCGCUCGAAUCGGCCGUGCAUGUGCCAUACACUUCGAUUCCUGGCUUCUCCGAGUCGACGGUGGCAGGUCACACGUCCUCCCUCGCAUUCGGUUUCCUCACCGCCCCCUCGUCGUCCACCCGCGUCCCCGUAGUGGCGGCGCUGGGUCGAUUCCACACGUACGAGGGUCAUGCUGCGGCUGCGUGCGUCUUCCCCACCCGCGUCAUGAAGCUUCUCGGCAUCCAGGCGCUCGUGGUGACCAACGCAGCCGGUGGUCUCGCGGACCGGUUCGAAGUGGGCACCAUCAUGGCGAUCCAUGAUCAUCUCUCGCUACCCACGUUGACGUCGAUGAACCCCUUGAUCGGGGCCAAUCUCGAUGCGCUCGGACCGCGAUUCCCGCCGUUGAGCAACGCGUACGAUCUCCACUUGCGACUGGCGUUGUUCCGCGCCGCCCAGAAGCUGGGUCUCUCCAACCUGCUGGAGAGCGGAACCUACGCAUACGUCAUGGGUCCCUCCUACGAAUCCCGUGCCGACGCUGGAUUCCUCAAGAAAGUUGGCGCAGACGCAGUAGGCAUGAGCACCGUCCCCGAAGUCAUCGCCGCCGCCCACGCCGGCGUCAAAGUCCUCGCCAUCAGCCUCAUCACCAACAAGGUCGUCCUCAAACCCUACUUUGAUUUCAAAACCGCACUCGAGACUGAGCAGCAGGGCGGGGAGAAGUUGGAGGACAGCGUCAAGAGGGUACUCCAAGAGGAUGUGGGAGAGGCGGCAAACCACGAAGAGGUGCUAGAGGCAGGCAAGAUGAGGGCCGAGGACAUGAGGAGGUUGGUCGCCGAGGUGGUUUGCUCCACUGAAGUGUAG